AUGUUAGAGGUGUGUAUAUUCUUAAGGGACAAAUGUCAAAGUGAUGAUUUAUGGGAAAAGCACUUGAAAAACAAAUGGGGUAGAGUCAUUGGUGAGGCUGUUUAUAAAGAGUGGCAUUUGCAUGUUACAAUAGCAAAGGAAGGGAAUCAUAGAACCAAUAAUCACAAUGGAUCAUUUGGUUCCUUUGUUGGUGUUUGGCCUAAUCUCUACCUUUGUUCAUACUUACAAGAUUCUUCAUUACUAAUGAAUAAUCAAUGGUCAAACCACUUCAUGAUGUCUUUAUAUUUCUCUUUAGAACGUGGUAGGUUUUGGUUUCCUGCUCAGGUCUACAAGGGAUUAGUGGUUCACAAUGCCUUGGUUAGAUAUGACUCUGAAUCAAAUACCUUUCAAGCUAGGUAUCAAUAUGGAGGUUGGCGAUUAUUUGGAAACAAUAUGGAGUGGGAUAUGGUGAGAGUUCCACCAGUUGAUUCUCAUCCAUAUGUUGCUCAUGUCUCUGAUUGUUUAGACAAGUUGAAACCAGGGAAUCACAUUGAGAUCCAGUGGAGAGCAAGUACUCAAAGUCCUUAUGAUUGGUGGUACGCAGUUAUUAGCCACUUAGAAUCAUGUAACGAGAAUGAGAAUUAUUGCCAGUGCCAUUGCAGUGAUACGUUGAUCGUGGAGUUCAAGCAAUAUCCUGAGCGAUCGAAUAUGAGACGAAUAAAGUUAUCAAGAAAGAAUGGUGAACAAGGUGAUCGAGCAGGUGGAGGUGGAUUCUAUGGAGGAAUUAGAAAGCUUUAUAGUCUCGAUGAAAUCGAAACAUGGAACAAGUUAUUCCUUCAAGUAACCAAUUUGCAGCAUGGAUUCUUUAUGCCUCCAGUGGCAGCACAAUUCCCAAUCCACUAG